AUGUCGAGCCCGGUUCAGGAUGUGCCCUCUCCGAGGGUUGGCGUGGCCACAAAGCGGGCCUCUUGCGCCGUUUCAGUUGCCAUGACCGUUGCUGGAUACCUUGCGCCGCAGCUGCCGGCGCCGGUCUCAUCGUUGAACGUCCGCGUGAUGAGCAUCGCAGACGCUGAACCUCAGUUUCAACCCGCAAGCUCUCAGGCUCGCGAACUUCUUGCUGCCGCUGCAGAGCGGAAGAGGUCCUGGGUCGAGCUGCAGCAGCUUCGACAGGUGAGUCGUGUCUGGGCGGCUGCCUGCUCCGCCCAGCCCUCCACACAAGCUCAGCUCUACGCUGAGGAUCGCGGUCGGCUCUUGGAGGCUGCCAGCAGACGGCGACAUCAGUACUUUGAACACUCGGCAAUUGGUGCAGGGCUUGUUUGCCUUGGCUGGCUUGGGUACCAAGUGGAGCUGCAGAAGCCGCGGUGGGGCACAACCUACGUCGUCG